GUGGACUCAGAGCCACCCAGUGGACAAGGACCAGAGGUCAACUUGGACUUUGGACACCGGACAUGGCGACGGGCCCCUGCCGGGAAGCGCAGGACCGAGGUCAGAUGUCCGGGGUGAGGCUGAGUUCACCCGGAGCCUGAGUCGGGGGUUGUCUGGCCCAGGGCAGGGGUUUCUGGCUGCGGGAGCGUGGGCAGACUUCCUGGGCGGGGCUGCUGGGCAGCAGCGGACAGCGGACUCCGACCCCGGACGUGGCCGUCUUGCUCUGUCCCUGCCAUCGCCAUGCUAACCCCCAGGAUUGCAGCCCUCUUGACUCUGCUCCUGGCCAGCAGCUCCCUGGGUCAGCGGGCACGGAGACCCCCGCGGCCCCCAUCCCCUAUCAGCACCAUCCAGCCCAAGGCCAACUUUGACGCCCAGCAGUUCGCAGGGACCUGGCUCCUGGUGGCCGUGGCCUCCCCGUGUCGCCACCUGCAGGAGCAGGGCCAUCGGGCUGAGGCCACCACUCUGCACGUGGCUCCUCAGGGCUCAGCCAUGACUGUCAGCACCUUCCGAAAGCUGGAUGGAAUCUGCUGGGCAGUGCGGCAGCUGUACGGAAACACGGGACGCCCGGGGCGCUUCCUGCUCCAAGCCCGGGGCGCCCGCGGGCCGGUGGACGUGGUCGUCGGGGACACGGACUACCGCGGCUUCGCCGUCUUGUACCUGGAGCGGGCGCGGCAGCUGUCAGUGAAGCUGUACGUCCGCUCGCUGCCCGUGGGCGACUCCUUCCUGAGUGUGUUUGAGCAGCGGGUCCAGGGCGCCAACCUGACCGAGGACCACACCCUGUUUUUCCCCAAGUACGGUUUCUGCGAGGCCGCGGACCAGUUCCACACCCUGGACGAAGCGCGGAGGUGAGGCGGGCGGCUGCCCUGUGGCAAGGAAGGAGCCGGCCUGGAGCUGGACCUGCCACCCCUCGUCCACCGCCCCCCGGAAGC